UGUAUUGGUAGGUGGUGGUGGUGCUAGCUAAGAAGUAGGAUGAUAAUAAUGUUGAUAAUGAUGAUGAUGACGAUGACGACUACUAAGAGAUGGUUGUCAGAGCAGGGUCGGAUGGCCGGUGGAGGGAAGGUAUAUUUGUGAAUGGUGUAUACACACAGAGGCGAGUGUAAAAAUUCAUGAGUGAUUCACAGUGGUGGUGUUUGCCUCUAUUCCGUUUUAUUCGGUUGCAGACUGUCAGAUACAAAGGUAGAGCGCGCGCGUUGAACGAACGUACGGAUAACAAUUUAAUUGUGCUCUUUUUUUGAUUUUCUAUACUUGUACCAAUUUAUGUAUAUCGCGUCGUCUACGGCAUUAAACACAGAGCUGAAAGCUAGCGGCAAUGGUGGUCACAGUCAAUAUUGAGACUGCCAAGUUAGUAAACCACACUCAACAAUAAAAUUGAAACAGAACAGAUCGUCAUUCUCAAAACGUUAAUAAAUUCGUAACUUUUCUAAAAACGCAUAGUGAAUAAUAAUAGCAAAUAAGAGAAGAACGAGAAAAGGAGAACAACAAAUUAAAAAAAGAGACGAAAGGGAAAAAACCUCCGAUUAACUUGUGCAUUUCGGUACGAGAAAGAACUGUUGUGAACUGUGCUGUUCGAUCUGAAACAAAAGGGGAGUGAUUGUCUGUGUGUGUGUGUGUAGAGAGGACAACAUUGAGAUUUCGUGCGCCUAUUCUAGUAGUACUCCUCUUCCUGUUCUUUCUCCUCCCCCCAAGUUAAAGUUAAUGUUUGCUACGCAUUAUAAUAUCUAAAAAGCUACGGACGUACUAUACAUGUGCAUAUGUAUGAGGUACAUGUGAUGGACAAAGUCCUAUGUAUGUGUCGUCGUCGUCGUCGUACACGGAUAUAGUGAAUUCUCUUGUGUGUUUUGUUGUUCAUUCCUCUUUGAUUUCCUCCUUGCUUGCCAAAUACACAAAAAUCAAUAAAGGACAAUAGAGAGCAAAAGGAACAAACGAACGGAACGUAGCGCACGACUGUUGGUCGGUCGGUAUACAAAACAACACAUACACGUACAAACACGGCUGCACGGCAAGACACGGUCUUAUAACGGACAACGGCCUCAUGGAUUGUGUUAGUACGUUUGCGACGUUACGCGAGUGCAGUUGUGGUGAUGUAUGUGUUUUCCUCGACUCUUGUCGUUGUGGAUAAUGCGCGGAUGAACCUAGAUGGGAUUGUUUAAGCCUACCAUAAAAGUAAACCCCAAAUUGCAUUUGCGGCAAUCAGUAGCGAGAAGAACAGCAACAUAAAAUUCAGAAUUCUUUUUAAAAAGAGUACCCUAACAAUUAGUUUAAGUUCCCCCUCAAAAUAAGUGUUCUAAACACCAAUUAAGUAAUCCAAGUGUAAAUGUUCCAAUCGGAAUAAAAUCAAUUUGCUGCAUCGCAAGCAAGCAAGCAAAAAAAAAAAAAGAAAAACAGGAAGAAAGAAGAAAAGUCCUUUGCGUGAAAAUUUAUUGUAUGUAUUGUGUAAACUUGUAGACUGGUGUAGCUACCUAGUUUUCGAAAAGAGAACAGGUCGUGUCGUAUACCAGCAACGGAACAGAGCUGCGCUAAAACAACAACAAAAAACAAAACAAACUCAGUUUCAACCCCGUUGUGCAAGAGAAAAAAGAACCAACACGGAAUAUUGUCCAGAAAAAAAAACAGGCAAAGGGUGACCAAGCAAUACCAAGCAACGAGCCCAGUGAAUAUUUCCUAGUAGGGGUCGACCACAGCUACAAUCAUCAUGUCCCUACAAACAAAGCGCCAACACUGCUAUUUGUGUGAUCUGCCCCGCAUGCCUUGGGCCAUGAUCAAUGAUUUUUCGGAGGCAGUGUGUCGAGGCUGUGUCAACUAUGAGGGAGCCGAUCGCAUCGAGUUGGUGCUGGAUGCUGCCAGACAAAUGAAGCGUCUGCAUCAGGCCUCCAAGCGCAGUCAUGAGAACGGUGAAGUGCAGUCCGCCUCAGUUCAACCACCCACGCAAGGACAACACCGUGUUGCUGGAAGUGGCGGCGGCGGACCUAUAAGUGUGGGAGUGGUGGGCCAGCAGCAGCAGCAACACCAUCAUGCCUAUCCCUCACAACGCAUAGGGCCUCCGCAGCCCACACUUAUGGAUUUCCCUGUGAAAAUGGAGGCCCAUGACGCCAAUGUCAGACCCGUCCGUAUUUCUCACAUGGCCCCACAUCACAUGUCCAUGUCCAGCAGAGCGGUAGCAGCCGCCGCUGCAGCAGCUGGCUCCAACCUAAAUCCUGCUCAGGUGGGAGGUCCUGUGCCGCCUGCCUUGUCGGUUAAUUUGAAAAGGUCGCCAUCCGAAGAGGACGAUCAUGGCCACACAGACGGCGGUGGACCAUCGGGCAUUAAGAGACCUGCCUUGGAUGAUCCCUCAACACGCCCUCCCCUAACCAGAGGCGAUUCAUUGCCGGCCGCCGUAUCAUUUGUAUCGGAACGUAAUACAGGAAUGCGCGAAAAGCAUCAACCCGUCAGAGCGCCCUCAUUUGAUGCAUCUACAUUUAAACCAGGCGUUUUCCCACCAUUGCCUCAUCCGGCCGUUUCGCUGGGCAAUUCGACGCCACCAGCACUACCAACAUCUCAGCCACAACCUCUUCCACCACAGUCAAUAGCACCACCAUCUAUGCCACAAUUAUCAACAACAGCCUCUUCAGUUACACAAUUAGCUCAAAGUCCGAUGGCUAAUUUAAUGUCAAUUACAGAGACAUUGCCACCAGGAAGCCCACGCAAUGGACCCAGUCCACCCGGACCACCACCGCCAAGGACGGCAUCCAGAGGCAGUCAACAUUCGCCGAAUAGUUCAGCUGGUUCAUCUUCAGGACGUCGGUCUUCUGGUUCUCGUCAUGUGUCCAGCACAACAGUUACUAGUUCGGAAGCGCAGGGCAAUCCACAACAACAAAGCACAGCGCCUCCAGUGGGCCCUGGAGCUUCGGUCAACAAUCCCAAUGGGGGUGUUAGCAGUGGACCCACUAAUGGGCCCUUAGCAUCGGCGGCACCCGGUGGUCCAGAUGGUGUGAAUGGGCCAGCAGGAAAUAAUCCAGCAGGUCAGCCCACAGCCGGUCUCACAAGUACAGGGGCCGCACCACCCGGUACAACAGCGCCUCCUCCAAAUACCGCUCAAAACACCACCCUCAAGUGUACCCUCUGCCAGGAACGACUUGAAGAUACUCACUUUGUGCAAUGCCCCUCAGUGAAUCAUCACAAAUUCUGCUUUCCCUGCAGCAGAGAGAGUAUUAAACGACAGAAUGGCCUUGGCAACGAGGUUUAUUGUCCCAGUGGCGAUCGGUGUCCCUUGGCAAACUCAACAAUACCUUGGGCUUUUAUGCAAGGCGAAAUCACCACUAUUUUGGGAGAAGAGGUUAAGGUCAAGAAGGAACGGGAGUCUUAAUGUCCAUUUUAUUGCAAAAAGCUGAGGCGAGCUUUGGAAAAAUACUAAACAAAACUCCAAACUAUUUUCUCAAAAAGGACGAGUUUGUUCUCUCAAUGCAAAAUCGAACCGAGUUCGAAACAAAUGAAAAGAAGAAACAAUUUUUUGGAAACUACGACGCAGCUUUUGUUUUAGCGUUUGUGUGAUUUGUAUUCUGAGGAUAAAGAGCUCUCCCAACCACCACCAACACCACCACCACCAACAACAACAACAUCAUCAACCACAACAACCACAACAACAACAAUCUUAGUUAUUUAAAUAUUUAUUUUGGAAAUCAUUUCGAAAACUGAACUCGACGAUUUUGUACGUGUGGGUGUGCCCUGGAACACCAAUGUUUCAAGAUAUCAACCAACAUUGUCAGGAUAUCAACCAACAGAUGUCGUUGCAGGCAUUCAAACAACAACAAAAAACAAUUGUCUUUGGUCAACUGCUGCUGCGUUUGGAAGGAGGCAAGCAGUCCAUCAGCAAACACACCAGUCGCCCGCCGCUAACGCUGCCGCCAAACACAGUGGCUGCGCAUAAUCAAUAUUGUAAAUAAUGGAAUAACUAAUUAAACAUAUAGAAAAUAUUUAAUAUAUCCCUAGUAAUCUAUAUAAUAAUACAAUAUAUAUUAUAAAUAUGAAAAGCGAUUAAUGUAGGUCUAAUUUAUGUAUGUAUGUAUGUAUGUUAUGUAUGUAAUAUUCUAAAGUGUAUUUGUUUUAUCUUUUUAUGUAUUCUCGUACUUGCAUAUCUAUUUAUAUCGGCGAAUGUAUGUGUGUAUGUAUGUGAGUGAGUGAGCAUUAUAUGAAGGACUCUGCCUCUUCUCUAUGUUGAAGAUAAUGGAAAAAUGAGUCAAUACUUUGUAGACCAGGAAUCCGAUUUGAAUCCUGUGAGAUUUUUACUUUUCCCCUUACCCACUUUUUCCCCUUUUUUUUUAAGUUACUGUGGGUUUAUAUAAAUUUGUUUGUGUGUGUGUGUGUGUGUAUAUGUGCCAGUAUACCCGGGUAACACCCACUUAUAUACAUGCAACUCAGCUCUGCUCCAUAAGAAUAUGUUGUGCUGGCCAAGAUGUAGGUCAAAGUCAAUGUGCUCCAUGUAUGCUAACGCUGCAAAAAUAUGAGUUUGUAAUUGCCAGUUGAUUCAAUAUUCUACCAUCCACUCUCGGCCCACAAAAAAGGGAGCAAUGUUUCAAGGAUCCUUGGUUAUUUAUUUUGUUUUCUUUCUUUCCUUUUUACUGUUCUUAUUUCAAAUGCUGGCACAUACAUGCACCCACUAUCAAUCUAGCUACCUAACUAACUACUUACUUACAUAGAUACAUACAUAGAUUGUUUUACAAAGUAAAAACCCCGAUUUAAAUAAUAUUGACUUUAUGUUGUACACACAUUUUAUAUAGCCAUGUGAUCAUAGCCACAAACAUACCGCGAAGAGGAUGAAACUAUGAUCUAAAUUUUGUAAAUUCUUUUUUUGUAGUCCUGUAGUGUAGUAGCGAUAAACAAAUAGUGUAGUUGUAGUAAACACAUUCACCAGGCUCCCAUCCCCCAAGCAGCCCAGUCCACUUGAAUGGUGGAGGCGUAGCCGGAGCCGGGAGACCAGUGAUUGUAGCCCUAAGAAAAAUCUAAACAUCAGCAAACGAUAAUUGCUGUAUGCGAUGGUCAACAUUUUGCAAAUGACCCCAUCAUAAUAAUACACAAAAUAAAAUGAGAAAGAACAUUUUCAACUAUAAAAUAGACGCUAAGUAUUCAUUUGAAUUAGCCCAAAAACCCCAAGCAAAGGAUAAAUAACAAAUGGACAAAAAACUCCACUAAACAACAACAAACAUAAGUCCUUGAAUACUUGAAACUUGACAACAUCAACACUCACACACAGUACCAAUUUGUUGGAUUCUAUAAGCGCACUCGCUAUGAUUUGGCGGGCAGUCUCAGAUUCAAAAUUACUUGGUUUUAGUAUAGAAUUUGCGACUCCAUAUGAUAAGGCAGCAGCAGCAGCAUAUAUGAAUAUUCUGAAUGUUGUUUGUUUUGAAUCUUGCUCCUAUAAUGGGUACUCUAAUACAUAAAAUACCUAUAGACAUAUAGUAUACUUGAAUUGAUCCAACGCCAUACUCCGGCUGAGACUCUGGCAGAAGCGAUAGCUACGGAACGAUUGAACGAUCUUCAAUUGCUCAAACUAGGCAAGAAGACGACGAAAUCAGUCCAAAGGUCCUCAGCUAAGCAGAACCCAUAAUUGUGGCAUAAUAAUCUAAGAGAUCAAAAGGCCAUCAAUAUUGAUAGCUUGCGGGUGUCUGCCUAAUUUCAACAAAAAAAAAACAACUAAAAUAAAACAAAAUUUUUUCUUGUGAUAUUCAGCGUCAGUUUAUACAAAAAAAACCAAAAAAAAAAAAACAAAAAUCAAACCUUCAAAUGAAACAGACCACAACAAUUGUUCAGUUCACCAUCGCUCGCCUUGCGAGGCAAAAUGAAUUGAAAAAAUGUUACUUUUUUACUCGAAUAACUCGAAAAUUAUACAAAAAAAAAAUUAGCUAAUAACAAAAAAUAACUAAACAAUUGGAAAUCAUUUUGAAACACCCGUUAGGGAAGAAAACAAGUAUUACGCCUGUAACCCAUCCUGCAACAUCAUUACAGGUAGCAAAUGUCCCAAGUGUGGGACAAAAGGAGCUCUCUCUGCAUAGAAACAAAAACCAUAACAAACGCAACAUAGAGAACAUUUAAGGACUAUACAACAUUUUAUUAGAUACCCAAUAUGAACGACACACACAAUUACACGCAAGUGGGCGUUCAAUACUGGGAUAACAAACAAAAAACUAAAAUUUUCUCACACCAAAAAAAAAAAAAAAACAAAGAAAAUGAAAUUUCUAAAACAAAACAAUCGAAUGUUAAAUAAAGGAUAAUUGAUAAUUUAUCGAUACAUGCCAAAAUCAA